UAGAGGAGAAAAACAAGAAAAAAAAAUAUGCACCACCAAUGGACUGCAGACAUGGUACAGGAGAUGACCAGAGACUGCGGACACAGUACAGGGGAUGACCAGAGACUGCGGACACAGUACAGGAGAUGACCAAAGACUGUGGACCUUUGGGGAGGGAGGGGGAGCGACCGGGUACCCACUGCGCAUGCACGAGAAGCACUGCGCUUUGUGAAUGGCCCAGUGUCUUCUGGGACACAUGACAGGUACCAGAAGGCACCGGGCCAUUCACAAAGCGCAGUGGGCACACAG